ACCUCUGUCAGGGUACCAGCCCUCUAUUACUCUGCAGGCUUCUGAAGGAAGGAGGAAACUAGCCUCGGACUGUGCAGGUCGGUGCGCGUGUGAGCUCUGCUUGGAGAGAGAUUCAUUACAAGAUAAAUACAGGAGCCUGGGAGAGGCUGAAGACCACUACUUUACACAAUUACAGUUGCUGGCCCUAAGAUUCCUCUUCAUUCAGGUGGGAAAAGUCCCUCUCUUUUCCUGUCACAAGGCUGGCACAGACUUGAACAUGGGGCAGGCUCGGGAAGUGGGUUGGAUGACAGCAGGACUGAUGAUUGGGGCUGGUGCCUGCUAUUGUAUUUGCAAACUAAUCAUAGGAAGAAAUGACAGAGAGAAGUGGGAGGAGGAGGAAGAGGAAUGGGAAGAUGACCAAGAGCUGGAUGAAGAAGAGCCUGAGAUGUGGUUUGAUUUCACAACUAUGGCUCAGCUCUGGAAUGAGGAUGGGGAUUGGACAGCACCUGGUGGAACUGAACACAGACCUUUCGGUGGGGGCAGGGCGAAUCGAACACACCCAGAAAGACAGCAUCCAUUCCCAUAUGAACACAAAAAUAAUUGUAGUGCUAAAAGCUUUAAAAUUUUCAGUUAUGCUCUUGAUCUCUUCAAGUGCCAUUUUAUUCAAGGAAACAUGUUUUUUGCUCAACCCGAGGGUGCUGGUUUUUCAUUUAGCCACAAUGUCAAUAGUCAUUUGGUCAGUGUCUCCCUUGUUGGAAACAUGAUCCCUAUCCCCACUCCCAAUCCCACAAUUAAGGAUACUUUGUGUGCCCCGGAUAAUGUGGAUGCCAGUGUGGAAAAUCAGUGUCAGAUUAAGAUGUUCAUUAAUGAAUUGUGCCAGGAAACUGCGUCACAUUGCUGCAACUCAUUUCUGCAGCACGUCGAGUUAAAUUUGUUAAUAAGCAUGACAAUUAUUAAUAACAUGCCUCCCAAGUCCAUUUCAGACCUGAGAUUUCCUUUGAUAUCAGAAGGAAGUGGAUGUGCUGAGGUUCAGGUUUUCACACUGUUGAUGAGUUUGUCUAAAAAGCCAGUCUCUGCAGGGAACUUGCUGGGUACCCAAAUGCUACUCUCAUUCAUGUUCCUCUUUAUCAAGAACAGAAAGAGACAGGUUCUUCUGGACACCCUGUCCUCUUAA